AUGACCCAGAAAGGGCCAGAACUAACGGGCUUAGCGUGGAGGUGCAGAGCCAGCCACAUUGCCCGUUGCCUGCAAGCUCCAUCCAUCAGCAUCGACGAAUCAGAUGCAGUCACUAGCGCUAAAUCGGGGCUGGGCCAUGAUCUCAUCGGGUCCUCACGGCUGCUGCGGGUGGGUCCGGACACGGGCAUGUGCGUAGCAUUGCACAGGGAUUGGCCUGCGAUGUAG